AUGGCUAAAAAGCAAAAUAAGCCUGUGGAACAAAACGAGACGGAGCAAGAUUUCACGGCGGUGGAAAAAUCGGAAGGCAAACAGAAGGAGCUCGUCAAAGCUCCAUCAUCUUCUCCAACAGCUUCUGCUGCCGCAGAUCCAGAUUCUAUCCCGGAGAACAAGAAUGCUGAGACGUCUUCUGCUGUAACCUCACGGAAGACAAAGAAGAAGAAGAAGAAGAAGCAGCUACCGAUCCAAGAAGAAGAGCCUGAAGGUACUCAUGAGCAACAGAGACUCGUUUUCCAAACUCCAACACAGUCUCCAGAGACUGAGACACAAGAGACAGAGAGCAAGAAGAGGCCUCUCGAAGGAGGAAGCCCAUCAGCAGGAGACGUUGACAGGAAACGGGUCAAAACAGAAGAGAACACAAACUUGCGGUUCCAGAGGGUUUGGACUGAGGAGGACGAGAUCGUUCUGCUGCAAGAGAUAAAAAGCUUUGGGUCUGAUCCCUUGAAGUCAAGGAGUACCUUUUACGAUUUGGUGGAGUCCAAGAUGAGCUUCAAGUUUAGCUUGGAUCAAAUGGUUUGGAAGAUUGAGAAUCUGAAAAAGAAUUUCAGAGCAAAGGAGAGGCAGAAAAAGAAGAUUUUCCACACUCCUCACAAUAAGAAGCUUUAUGCAAUGGCCAAAGAGAUCUGGGGAUCUAUCGUGGAAGAAGAAGAGAAGAAGACUCACGGAGAUGAAAGUUGGUUUGAGAAGUCAUUUCUUCUAGCUUCGGUUGCAAGCUUUGGUUUGGGAGAAGAGAUGGUGAAAGAUGUAUGGAAUUUGGUUUCCGCGGAGAGGAAGGACAAGAUUCAUGAGGAGUUUAAACUGUUCGUGGCUGAUGAAAUCAAGACAAUGAUCCACAAGUCUUGCCUUGUGCGUGAAGCUUUAGCUGCCAUUGCUGAAGCUACAAGCUAA